UGGAAGCGGAAGUGGCUUAGCGUGGAGGUGACCUGAGGGUUCACUCAGCGGUGGCGGCUGUUUGUUUGUCCGCUAUGGGAGCCCACCUCGCUCGCCGCUAUGUGACCGAACGGGACACCGAGCCUGACCCAUUGAAGCCGUCCGACUUCCCCUCCGAGUAUGGCUUUGGCGAGAGAAAAGAGAGAGUCAUGGUGGCCACACAGGAGCAGAUGAAUCUGGCACAACUGCCAUUGGAGCAGCGGGAUUACUGCGCCCACCACCUGAUGAAGCUGAUGAAGUGCAAGAGGGACAACUGGCCCAACCUGAUGGCCUGCCAGCACGAGCGGCACGACUGGGACUACUGCCAGCACCAAGAUUACGUGAUGCGCAUGAAGGAGUACGAGAGGGAGCGGCGCCUGCUCAAGAGGAAGAAGAGGAUCGAGGAAGGCCAGGCGGAGGCGGCAUGAGCAGCGCGGCCCCCCAGUCUCUUUUGUUUGUCAUUCAUAACUCAGUAAAUAAAAAUGGGAAGCGUCGGCCCACUGGA